UGCUUCGGAACUUGAGUCAAAAUUUUGCAUUGGAAUUUUGGAAAUGUUUGGAUGACAACAAUCGGACAAUAAUAACAAUAUGAACAAAUGCAUAUCAAAUACCGGUCUAAAUGCAAUCUCUCAACGUGCACGAUCUCAACAAUACCCGCAAGGCCCAACUGGAGUUGGUCUUCUUCAAUCGUGUACCCAAAGUGGGUAGUCAAACAUUUAUGGAAUUGUUGCGACGCUUAUCGGAACGUAACAACUUCCAAUUCCAUCGUGAUGCCGUUCAAAAGGUCGAAACAAUACGCCUGGCAGAGGAACAACAACAUGAAUUGGCCGAGGUAAUAAGUGAUCUCCCCGAGCCUUCGGUAUUCAUUAAACAUGUGUGCUAUACGAAUUUUACCAAAUUCAAUUUGCCCACACCAAUCUAUAUAAAUGUCGUCAGAGAUCCUGUGGAACGUGUUAUAAGUUGGUUCUACUAUGUUCGAGCUCCAUGGUAUUUUGUGGAACGUAAAGCGGCCUUCCCCGAUUUACCUUUGCCCCAUCCGGCCUGGUUGAAAAAGGAUUUUGAAAGCUGCGUACUGUCCGGCGAUCAGGAAUGUACCUAUACCCAGGGUGUAACUGUGGAGGGUAUCGGUGAUCAUCGUCGCCAAAGUUUGUUCUUCUGUGGCCAUGCCUACGAAUGCACGCCCUUUAAUUCUGUGGGAGCUUUGGAGCGAGCUAAAUAUGCUGUGGAAAGCCAAUAUUCGGUUGUGGGUGUUCUGGAAGAUCUCAACACAACGUUGUCGGUAUUUGAAAAAUAUAUACCACGAUUUUUCGAAGGUGUUCGGGAAAUAUAUGACACCAGUGCCGAAUAUCUAACAAAAAUCAAUAAAAACAAUUUCAAGCCACCGGUCAGUGAACGUGUUAAGGAAAUUGUUCGCCGCAAUUUUACCAAUGAAAUCGAGUUCUAUCAAUUCUGUCGACAACGUUUACACAAACAGUACUUGGCGGCGCAUUUGCCCGAUAAAAUAUCGCCACGCCUUAGGCCAUAGAUGUCAUGUAAUUCACCCUGAACACAAAGAGGCCGAAGGCAAUCCGAAGAGUCUUUAAUUUCAUGAAAUAAAACAAACAAAAAAAUGAAAAAAGCAAAAAUUCUUAUAAAAAGAAAUAAUUGUACAUUUUUGUAAUUAUUAUUUAGUGUUUCAUUAUGUUGUAAUCAUGUUUUUUUUUUAUUAAUUUAAAUAUUUUUUUUUAUUUGUUCUCAUUUCCAUUAAGAAAAAACAACCAUAACUUGUUUCUAUUAAAUAUUUUUUUUUAUUUAUAUAUGUUUUUCGUAUAAAAAAUAUGUGCGUUUUUAUGUUUGUUAUAGUUAAAAAUAUGUUUUUUUUUUCAUUAAUUGUUAUUUUUUAAUAGAUAUUUUAAGUUUUUCUUUUUAAUUUGUAUUUGACAUUAUUUGUUUUCUAUGGUAUUGCUUAAAAUAUUCGUUGUUUUCCUUCUUCUAAUGCCUGCAAAUAUGUCUUAUAUUAGGAAUAUUUUUCUUUCUAGGAAAAAAAGAGAAAAUAAUGUGAUCUUCCAUGAAAUUAGCUUAUAACAUUCUUGAACUUUAAUUUAAAUCUUCUUAAAUAUAAAUUAGUGUUAAUAAAACGAACAAAUAACGAUAUUAUAAAAUAAAUAACAAAAUUA